AUGGCUAGCCCCAAACAGGCUCGCCCGCCUGUCAAGAGGGCGCUGAAGCUGGCACCGCCCCAGGCCAAUUCCACGGGCCUCACCCACGUUCACUCCACACGACCCAAGAACCAAGUCGAGCUACUGACGAGCCCAGGGUCCCAUGCACAGACCGAACCCGUCUACAUCAACACAAACGCUGUCCCGCAGCCAUUCCUAGAUGCGUCUCUGCUUCAGAAGGAGACGUGA